AUGCUAGCGCGAACGGAUCUGGAUCCAAAUGUCUGCUGCACAGACCCUGCUCGAGCAAAGACCCAGUGCCACAAUGCAACAUUCAAGCAGAGCUUUAAUCCUGGAAUCGGUCUUCCACCGUUCAGCAGUUUACUUUGUCUUAGCUUUCAUCCUUCAUUCCAUGCUUUGGCAGAUUUUACAAGGCUUAGUACCCACGUUGCGCCAUGUUGUGCUCAAAUGACUGCCGAGCUUCUUGGCACAUGGGAGGCAGUGUGUCGUUGCGACCUUCAAGGUGCUGGCAAUGGCAGUGUUCAGGGUCAGCUCGAGGCGAGUGCAUGGCUCGGUUUAGCAGAUGCUGGCCGUUGCUGGGACCUUGCGCGCAAGAUUCCGCCACACUUGUAUUCCGCGGCCUACACCGUCUAUCAGGCCCUCCAGGAGACUGGCGAGGAUGCCAGCCUCGCUGCAUGUAUUCCAGGAGCCUUCACCGCACUGACCGUGGUACUUCUACUGUGGGAGGCCCACGAUGCUCCGCAUUCGCUCUUUGACUCUGCUUUACACUCCGUGCUCCUUCUCGAAAGCUCGAUUGUGGCUCCCGCGAUGGCGGCGCUCGGGGUCCCCGGCGUGCUGGAUUGCUCCGCGUACGUCAGUGGCGAGGGCUGGUGGCCGGGGGUCGUGGACUUGCGCUGGCUUCGGCGCCUGACCGGUCGACUUGCACGGAAGCGGAUGGCAUGGCAGACGUUGGUCGAUACUGGCGAGGAGCCGUGGCAUGAGCGUGAGGUGGCAGAGCGCCAGUGGAUGAAGGCAAGAGCGUUGGCCGGCACCUGCGCUGUUCCCCAGACUUUUCAGAACAGUUUCAAGGAAUCCGGCUCAAGUGAGGGGUCGACCAGCUUGUGCCUGUGUGUGAUGCACGGCGAGGGUGCAAGCACAUUUCAAUCCUCGUUGCAGUCCUACCAAGAGGGUGGUCUGCUCAAACUUGCCCGGCGACGCUUUGUGGCCUUUCUUUCGCAUGUGGAACUGGAGGAAGCGGUGCUGUGCUGGCGGAGGAAGCUCGCGGAGCGGUUUGGCCUGGAGCUUCUGCCGGAGUCCUCGUGGCCGGAGCCCUUCAUCAGGAAGCGUCAAAAGUUUGGAGAUCCAGGCGCUGCCAUGGCCGCUUGCGCUGUGGCAUGUGACCAGGAGUUCCUGCUGUUUCUGGAGGAUGAUUUUCACCUCGUCACGAGGCAUUUGCAGGUUAUCGAUGGAUGCGUGAUCAAUUGUGACACGCAUCUGCCUCUCUUUGAUGGUAGCGGAGCAUUCCUGGAGCGGACGACGCCGAGGACUUUCGUGUUCCUUCUCCUGGGUGCGAUCCUCGGCUACUUGAAGGCGGGCGGCGUGUUGCGGGACAUGGCACUUCACACGUUUGGCUCUGAGAUUCCCACCUGGGAUGGCGACCCGAACACGUUCGAGAGAUUUGCCACGGCUUGUUCGUGGUACUCUUUUGGCUUGAAGGACAAUGAGCGACACCUGGCGGCGGCAAGGAUCUGGAACAAAAUGUCCGGGCCAGCAAAGGGAGUGGUUCGGCACUUGAACCCUGAGAACUUUGCCUCCGAGGAUGGUGUCAAGAAGCUCCUCAAUGUCCUUCGCGAGAGCCCGCUGCAGAAGCUGCCGAUCCCGGACAGUUUCUCGAGGUUGGAAAAAUGGUCAGGCCUGCAGAAGAGAGCCCAUGAGAACAUACCGCAGCUUUUUACUGAACUUCAAGUUUCUCUACGGCGUGCUCGCGAGAACGGGUCUGGAGUGCUCAGCGGCAAGGGCAAGGGCGUGGGUUUUCCUUUUUCUUCGACGCCCGAGCCUGUUCCGACGACGGCACCGACCACAGACGAGAAGGAGGAGACAGCCAGCCCACAUGCGAGCGCGACUGGUGGAUCUCCGGGCGGCCGGUCUCAGAGGACGACGCGUUCUGAGGCGGCACCUCCCGCAAGCCCAGCGAGCGGGGACGACGACAGUCCCCUUACCGGCUUCUUUGAGGACGAGCUCCGGGGAUACCGACUGCUUAAGGCCUGCCAUCUUGGAUACCAGGCCCUUCGCAGUUUGUUCGACGAAGGCAUGGCUGAAGCAGGGCACCGUCGACCUCGGCCAACUUGGUGGGCCGACGCCACUUACGAGGCGUACGCUCAAGAGGAGGAAGCCGGGGCCUACGGUGAUUACAGCGACUUCUACGAGGCGGCCGGCCACGAUGACUACACGGACCCGGCCUACUAUUACGAGGACCCGGCCUACUAUGCCACCGAGCCGGACCUGUACGCCCAAGACACCUACGAGGAAGGCCCCGAGAGCUAUGAGGACCCAGUUGCCACCGAGGACGCCGACCUGGUGAAUGAUGAGAAGGAGGCCUUUGCGAUAGCCCAAGAGGCCAACAGAACCCUGCAGCAGGCGAGAGCGGCGGUGGCAAAAGCCAGGGGUGCCAGGGGAUAUUUCCCGGUUGGCGGCAAAGACAGCGGAAAAGGAAAAGGAGCUCCCCCUGGAAAAGGAGCCACUCCAAAAGGGCGAUUUGCUGGAGGCCCGGCGGCAGACCACGGCAACUACUUCCACGACUUCUACGCCGUCUUUCCGGACGAGACCUUUGGCGAGACGGAAGCCGAAGGGGAUGACGCUGCCGAGACCUUCGUGCUCUCGGUCGGCGAGCUGGCGACGACGUGGGCGACACAAGUGAUCGUGGACACCGGGGCGACGGAGAGUGCAUGCGGGAUUCGUUCUAUGGACCGUUUGUUGCAAGCUCUCCAGUGCCCGUUCGACUUUCUGCUGGACGACGAGAGCAGCAACGAGGCCCCGAAAGCACAGAACACCCCUUUGCUACUUGGAGGCCGUACCCUGCGGAGUUUGCAAGCUAUCUUGAGCUAUGGGGAUAACAUGAUGACUUUUCGGCGGCCUCUCGAGGGAGAUCUUGCUGCCCUUCCGUUGUACCCCACCAAGAACGGGCACCUGGCUGUGGACUUGAGUGAGAAGUGCUGUGCCCUUGGUUUUCUCCAGGAGUUUGUUCGUGAUGAGUUUGGCCUCAAUCUGGCCAUGGCUGGUGGCACCUCGCAUAGCGCCGAUGCAACCAAGGACGACGAGCCCUCGGACCUUCCGGAAGCCGAGAAAAUGUACGUGACAGCAACAGAGCCACGAAGUGCUGAAGUGCAGUGCGUGUUGGGUUGUGACAGUGAAGAGCAGAGCCUCCUGAGCAGCCUCCUGAGCAUGCUCAACAUGAUGUUCGUGGCAUGUUGCAGCACCUUCGGUUCAAAUUGGAUCGUCGAGUACGUUCCCAUGGCCCCCAAAGCGAUCCCUCCUGCACUGGAGGACGACCCUCGCCACCACGAGUGGCUCCAUUACGAGGCCAAGCCUGGCUUCAAAGGAAAACACCGGACCUCUGGCCCACCGCGGGCCGUGCUACUUCGGGCCAUUGGCGAGCUGAGGAUGGAGUACGGCCAAGCAGCCGAGCGUGAGGAGAUCGAGAUUCUCCAGAAGCGCUUGGAGGAGCAGAGGGGCGCCAUCCUGGAGGAGGCAGUGACGGCCGCCGGGGCGGAGACCGAGCAGGAGGAGGAACGACUACGUGUUCCUCGGCGGGGCCACCGUGGGGAGCCUUUGGAAAUCAAGAAGCCCGGGCCCGGCACCAAAGCCAGCAGCCCCCCUCCGAGCCAAGCACGGCCGAACUCCAACAUGAAGAAGAUCCUUGCGGCGGGGACGGCGGCUUUGUUUGCCAACCUUCACCAAGGCCUUGGGACUCUCCUUCCUGCUGUUCGGCGCAACGUGGACUUCCUGGAGGUAACGAACUUCGGCGACCCGAACCUUGUGGACACCAUGAACCUUCAGGGCUAUGACCUCGAGAAGUUUGCUCCACAAGCCCCGGGUGACCUCCUACGUGACGUUCGCUGUGGUGAAGGGCGGCAGGCCCUGCUGGCCAAGCUGAAGAACGAGGCCAAAGUGAUGAAUGGCCUUGUGGCGGCGAUGCUCUCUCAAGUGGAGAGGGGCCGGGACUUCGUGUGGGAGAUCCCAGCCGAAGCGAGGUGCAACAAGACCACGUUCAUGGACCACCUCCGGAGUGAAAUGAACAAAAUGCACCACCGCCUGCACGACUUCUACAUUGAUGCUUGUGCCUAUGGGGCCAAGACCCAGGGCACCCCGGUGAGAAAGAGGUGGCGGAUCCUGACCACCAACAAGUCCUUUGAGACUUUGCUUCGGCGAGGCUGCCCUGGGUGCAAGGACCACAUCGACUACAAUGACGCUAUCAAAGACACGAUGAGGGCAGAUCACCAUGUGAAUGCUCUGGCCGAGGAUGUGGAAGAAAUUCUGUUGGAGCAACAAUGGUUUGCUCGUGGGACCGGCGACCCCGAGGAGGAGAAUGUCCCUGUAAUGGCACUGUCGCGUCAAAAGGUCCCACCGGAGCCUCCCACAGGCCGCAAGCUGGAGCAGAUCCGGCAGAUGAUGAUGAGGGUGCACCGGGCAUCAGGACAUGCUUCAAUGGCGAGCCUGGCCAAACUUCUGGCGCAAAGGGGAGCACCUUCUUGGGCACAGGAGCUUGCGCGAUCCCUGCAGUGCCCUGACUGUGUGGAGUCCCGGCGACCAUUGCCGGCACCACCGCCACCCUCGACCUUGAAGGAGCCUCCGAAGCUGUGGGAGAUGGUGGGGUCGGAUGUGUUCGAGUUCGCUUAUGUCGGCCCGGAGGGCAAGCCUAUGAAAAUCAAGGGCUGUGUGUGGCACGACCGGGCCUCUGGAACAGCCUCGGUCUCUAUGAUGCAGAAGUACAGCGAGCACUGGGAACCAAGCUCUUCGCAGAUGAUUCGGUGCUUUAUCCAAAACUGGCUGCAGUACUAUCCCCAGCCGACCUGGCUGGUGACCGACCCGGCUUUGUACUAUGUGGUCCGGAAGCUCAAGGACACGGUGGAGCGCCUUGGGCGCGAGAUGCCAGCACUGUCUCCUGAGGAUGCUUUUCGGCUGGCGUGCCAUGCUCACAACUCCACCAUCCAGCCAAACACUGGCUUUGCUCCGUAUCAGUGGAGCCGUGGCGGCCUUCCGAGUGAGGUCCCCGUUGGCAUCGACCCCAACAAAGCCUUCGAAAAGCUGCUGAAACAACGUGAGUCUGCUGGGGUGGCGUAUCGGAAGGCGCAGGCCGCGGAUCACCUCAGCAAGUUGAACAAUUCUGUUGGACGCCCGAGGACAAAGUACGAAGCGGGUGAGUUUGUGAUGCUAUGGCGCAACCGCAAGAAUGCCGGAAAAGGAGCCUGGACAGGCCCAGUGCGGGUCAUUCACUUGGAAGGGUCAACGGUGUGGAUGGCGAGUGGGGCAACCUUGUUGAGGGCCAAAUUGAACCAAGUGAGGCCCUGCAGCAAGAAGGAGGAGAUGACAGCCGUGGCGAGCGGGGCAUCGAUCUACAAGAUGCCGGUGACGAUGGAGACUCUGCUUCGCGGGUUUCGCGGCCGAUUUUAUGAAGACCUUGCCGGCGACAAUCCUCCUCAGGAAGCCCGAGAAGACCUUUCUCAAGCUGAAGUUCGAGUAGCUCCUCGUCCCCGGUGUCCUGGCGAAGAUCGCUGGGAAGUUCAAGGACCGUGGCUGGUGCGAGUGCACAUUAAGCCCAGGCUAGCGCUGUUCACCCCUUCUCGCACGAAGGAGAGGACAAUGCCCAUUGCAGCUGAGCACCUGACCGGUGAGAGGGUGACCUUUGUGAAAUCGACUGGCAACGAGCAGGUGAUCAACGAUGACUUUGUGACGGGCGAGAACCCAGGACGUUGCCUUUCCGAAGCUCACCUGGCGAGUUUGCUCAAGCUCGCCGUUUGCAACUUUCUGAGCCUGAAGCUGCUGAGCCUAGACCUCCGGUCCCCAAGAUCCUGCCGUAGAUCCGAGUCCAGCCUUUGGCGACUUGGUCCCUCCAACACCUGUGUCAGCUUUGCCGGGGACGCCAGUACCUCCAACACCAUCUCUGCGAUGCCGGGAACCCCUGAUCUCCAAGGCAAGCUGGUCCCAGACACACCUCGUGGUCUUCUACCAGAACCUAGUUCGGUGAACGGGUGUCCUGUGACAGAGUGCGUGCUUCCUGGCGGACACCAACUAUCUCAUCGCGAUGCUGGCGGCAACCCUUUUGCGUAUGACCGCCGCACCGACACCCGGAUUCCAGUGGAGGAGUCGGGCGAUGAGACGGAGGAGAUUGAUUCUUCGGACUCUGAGCUUCAAGAAGAUGAGGAUGGGCACCCAAAGCCGAAGCGGCCCAAACCGGGACCAGGACCUGAAGAUCAAGGAGUGAUCGGCUAUGCCUAUGAGAUCGAGAUGGAGGGCAAGGACUGGAAGGCGUUAACCUCUCGGCCUCGCAAGGCCAAAGUGUGGCUCAGCAAGAAGUUGCAAGAGGAGGGCAAAGAACACAAUUGGCGAGAGUUGACUCAGGCCCAGAAGGAAGAAUUCGAUGAAGCCCAAGCGAAAGAAAUCAGCAACGUGAUCAAGACCAUGGCCCUGAGAUCCUUGACCGAGUCGGAGCCCCAGAAGAUCUCUUAUGAUCGAGUGAUGAGAAUGAGGUGGGUGCUAACGACGAAAUCGUCGGGCACCGCUAAGGCGCGACUGGUCAUCCUCGGGUACCAGUCGCCGACUCUUCUGACUACGCAGAGCUCUUCUCCGACCCUCUCCCGCCUCGGCAAGUACCUUCUUCUGUCGGUCGUGGCCAACCAACGGUGGCUACUUGAAUCGGCGGACGUAACAUCCGCGUUCCUCCAGGCCCUGUCUGACCUCGAGAAAGACGACCUUUACGUGUUUGCCCCAGCGGAGUUGGGUGCCGCUUUCGGAGGUGAUGGCAAAAGUGACGGCACUAUCUUAAAGGUGCUGCGAGCCUUUUACGGCCUGGUGGACAGUCCUCGGCGGUGGCACGAGACGGUCACGAAGGUGCUGCUGGAACAAGGAUGGAGGCAAAUUUCUGCCGAUCGGUGCCGCUAUGUGCUGUUCGACCAGAACAACACUUUGGUUGGCAUCGCUGGCGUCCACGUUGACGAUUUCUUGGUGGCGGGCGACACUGCGUCGAGCGUCUACAAGAAGGCCCGUGAAUCUCUCGAGACGGCCUUCACAUGGGGACGCUGGGAACAAAAGCAGUUUGAGUACGCCGGGAGUGACCUGACGCAGCGAGAAGACUUCUCCAUCAUCCUGGGACAGGAGAGCUACACGAACAAGUGGAUCGAGGAGGCUUACCUGAGCCCCGAGCGAGAGAAGCAGAAGAGCAGCCCACUCACCCAAAAGGAGGUGAGUGAUCUUAGAGGAGUUCUUGGAACCCUCUCUUGGAGGGCAAACCAAACAAGCCCUCAGCUAUCGGCUGAAAUAGGCCUGCUUCUUUCCGAGGUCCCGAAUGCGACCGUGGACACGAUGAUCCGGGCGAACAAGAUGGUCCGGGAGGCGAAGAGGACUGCCGAGCAGAUCCUCCACUUCCACGCCUACCAGUUCCCCUGGAGCGAAUUGGUGGCCGUCGUGUGGGCGGAUGCUGCGCAAAACAAUCGCCCAAAAAGGGGUAGCACAGUGGGCGUUGUGGGUGCUCUCGCCCCUCGCAAGAUCCUCGAGGGCGAGCGUGUGGCCAUGAACAUUGUCUCCUGGCGCUCCACCAAGGCGCCUCGCGAAAGUUUGGGAUCGAACGGGUCCGAAGUCCAAGCAAUCACGAUUGGGGAGGACCUGGUGUUUCUGAUCCGUGCGAUGUGGAUGGAGAUACAUGGCGUGAUCCCUCGCCGCAACGAGCUACCACAACAAGUGGCACAGUGGACCGAGGGAGCCCUUGUGAUGGACUCUCGUGGCAUCUACGAUGCCAUGGUGCGGAAUACCUCCGCGUUACAUGGCCUCAGGAGUUCCCGGGCCGGCUACGAGUUGACUGUUGCAGUGAGUCAAGCCCAGGCUGUGAAGACCCACCUUCGUUGGGUCGCGGGUACUGAGAUGAUCGCCGAUGCUAUGACCAAGGCCUCGGCACGAAAGAUCUUGCUGCAACUGAUGUCGCAGCAACAACAGUGGAGACUGGUGUACGACCCGGACUUCGUCGCAGGCCGCAAGCUGAACAAGAAGGAACACGAAAGGAGAGCCAACGAAAUGUCGGCUCAAUUCCUGCAGGCAACGCAGCAUUUUGCUGCAGAGAGCUUUUUACCAUGGGGCGAAAGCCCAGAGUGUCUCACUGAAGAGGACAUGAUGCUUCAGAAUCUCAGGAGUAUGACUGGUGUGAUUUCAGAGGGCAUGGGAUGCUCGAGCGUGCGAGCCAGCGGCAAAAGGGAGAUCUUGACGGCACGUCAGCAUGGCGAACCCCCGUCGCCGUACACGGCCUGGUACUUCAGCUCAGAUCCUGUGAAGAACUCAUUUCCGGAGAAUCUUUGGGAGCCUCCGUUCUGGGACUCUGGCCAGGAGUGCGACUCGGAUCGAAAGUCUUGGUACCGGACCCUGCAGUUUCAAAGAGACGCAGCGAUCGCAUCGGAACAGUCCCGAGGCGGCCCCUAUGAGGCUGUUUUGGGGGAUGAGGCUGCUGCCCGUGUCUGGUGGUGUUCCAAUGGCUCCUCCGUGCUUUGCACUUCCACGGCUGCGCACCGAGAUCCUUUCCGCAGCCUCAUGUACAGUGCCUUGGCCGAGAUUGACAGCUUUGGGUGA